GCGUUGACUACCUUCAGACUGUCAUAGUUACUCCCGCCGUUUAUCCCCAAGAGAUGAGGUGCUGUGUUUCACCCGUCGGUAUAAAGAUGGCGAGGACGAGGCUAAGGUGGAGGAGGAAGGAAGAGGCGAUGGAGGAGGACGACGUGAUGGAGGAAGAAGAUGAGUUGGAGGAGGAGGAGGACGACGAGGAGGGGGAGGGAGAGGACAAGGAGGAGGAAGAGGAGGAGGCGGCGAUGGAGGGAGAAGAGGAGCACGGGGAGGAGGAAGAGGAGGAGGAGGAAGAGGAGGAGGAGGAGGAGGAGGAGGAGAAAGAGGUGAUGGAGGAGGAGGAAGAGGAGGAGGAGGAGGAGCAUGAGAGGACUCUUUUUUUUUUUUUUUAUACAAAACAUGCCCCACGUGCGACCGUCUUAACCCGAAAACAAGCUGCCUCCUCCUCCUCCUCCUCCUCCUCCUCCUCCUCCUCCUCGCGCAUAAAUGGAUUUACGACAUCCAUGGAUUUCGAGGAAGAGGACGAAGAGGACGAGGAGGAAGAGGAGGAGGAGCGGAGGAGGAAGCCGAGGAAGAGCAAGAGGAGGAGGACGAGGAGGAAGAGGAGGAGAGGAGGAAGCCGAGGAAGAGCAGGAGGAGGAGGAGGAAGAGGAGGAGGAGGAGGAGGAAAAGGAGGAGGAAGCCGAGGAGGAAGAGGAGGAGGAGGAGGAGGAGGAAAAGGAGGAAGAGGAGGAGGUGGAAAACGAGGAGGAGGAGGAGGAGGAGGUGGUGGAAGACGAGGAGAAGAGGAGGAGGAGAAGGAGGUGGAAGACGAGGAGGAGGAGGAGAAGUGAGGUGGAAGUCGAGCAGGAGGAGGAGGAGGAGGAAGACUGUAGGAAGAGGAGGCUCAUCUUAGCGACG